AUGGAGCAAGCGUCGGUGCCGUCGUCGGUCCCAGAGGCACAAAAGCCCCAUUGCCUGGCCCUGCUCCUGGAGCUUGGGGAUCGCCAAGUCUCGUUUGAAGGCUUCGAGACCUAUUCCUCGUCACUCAACUCAUACUUUUCACAGCAAGAGUCGGAGCUGCGCCCGGCCUGCAUCGUUGCCCCAAAGACCCCGGAAGAUGUCGCCAACGCGGUGCGCGUGCUGAGCGGCGACAAGAAGACCCUCGCAGAUGACGGCUCCGACGGCGGCGUAUGGGGCGGCGCCGACUUUGCCAUCCGGUCAGGAGGCCAUGCGGCUCACGCGGGUGCUGCAAAUAUUGGAAGCACGGGUGUGACAAUUGACCUCCGCGGGCUGAACUCCAUCGAGCUGAGCGCGGACAAGAAGACCGUCUCUGUUGGGCCUGGAGCAAAAUGGGGACAAGUCUAUGAGAAAUUGGAUGAGCUGAAUCUCUGCGUCGCGGGUGGCCGGGCCGCUCCCGUUGGUGUCGGCGGCCUUUCUACAGGAGGAGGUAUCUCGUAUUUCUCUCCGCGAUACGGCUGGACUUGCGACACGGUCGUCAAUUACCAAGUCGUUCUGGCGGACGGGAGUAUUGUCAACGCCAACGAAUCCGAGAACCCCGAGCUCCUUCAGGCGCUGCGCGGUGGCUCCAACAACUUUGGCAUCGUCACGCGCGUCGAUCUCCGGACAUUCGAGCAGGGCAAGCUUUGGGGAGGAGUCCUAUACCACGCGGUCGAUACAAUUGACGCGCAGCUCAAGGCGUUUGAGGCGUUCAACUCGGCCGACAAGUACGACGAAUAUGCCAGCCUCAUCACGAGCUUCGGGUACGCCGCCGGGCGCGGAAGUGGUAUUGUCAACAACCUAGAGUACACCAAGCCACUGGAGCGCCCGCCUGUGUUCGAGGAAUUCAUGAAGAUUCCGGCACUGAUGAACACGAUGCGAAUCUCCAACAUGUCAGAUAUCUCCAAGGAGCAAGGAUCGUUUUCGACAAAUGGUCUGAGGCAGCUCUGCCUUCAGAUCACCCAUGGGACCACGCUUCCAAUGCUCAACGCCACAUUCAAGCGCUGGCAGGAGAGCGUGCCGGCCAUUGAGAACGUGACAAACGUCGUGUGGUCCCUCUCCCUCGAGCCCCUGCCGCCUGCGAUAUACAAGAAAGGCGCCUCAUUGAAUAGCCUAGGCUUGGCCGAUCGGUCCAAGGCCCUUGUUGUGACGCUUCUCACUGCCAUGUGGACCGACAAGGCCGACGACGGCAAGAUCGAGGCGGCAGCGCGCAAGAUGUUUCAAGACAUCGAGGCAGACGCGCGAAGCCUCGACGAGUACGACCCAUUUGUGUAUCUCAACUACGCAGCGGCGUGGCAGGAUCCGAUCGCAAGCUACGGGGGAGAAAGUGUGAAGCGGCUACGAAAGGUGCGGGCGACAGUCGAUCCACACGAGCUUUUCACGACCAAAGUGCCUGGAGGAUUCAAGAUUCCCAAGUAA